AUGGGGGGAAUCCCACCUCCACCUCCAUUGCCUGGCAUGGGGGGCAUUCCACCACCACCCCCAUUGUCUGGUACAGGGGGCAUCCCACCCCCUCCACCACCAUUGCCUGGUAUGGCAGGAGAUCACAUAGAAGCUGUUGUAGCCUCCCAGAUCAGCUGCCCGCUCGGCUCCAUCAGGCCUCCAUACAAGGCAGUGAAGACACCAACGCUGAGAAUGAAGAAGCUAAACUGGCAGAAGCUGCCCUCCAAUGUGGUGAGAGAAAGUCAUUCGAUGUGGGCUUCAGUGAGCAGCAGCAGCGAGGAAACCAUAGAGCCCAACUACACAAGCAUUGAGCAGCUGUUUUGCUUUCCACAACCAACCCCUAAGGAGAAAACAGCCGCACCAGUGAAGGCAGAGCCGAAGGAGAUCACAUUUUUGGACUCCAAGAAAAGUCUCAAUUUGAACAUAUUUUUGAAGCAGUUUAAAUGCUCCAAUGAAGAGGUGGCUGCCAUGGUCCAGAAUGGAGAUCGGACCAAGUUCGAUGUUGAGGUUCUAAAGCAGCUGUUGAAGCUGCUGCCUGAAAAACAUGAGAUAGAAAACCUGAAGGCCUUCAAAGAAGAGAAGUCGAAGCUAGCAAAUGCAGAUCAGUUUUAUCUUCUCCUCCUUCAAAUUCCCAGCUAUCAGCUACGGAUUGAAUGUAUGCUGAUCUGUGAAGAGACUACUGUUGUUCUGGAUAUGAUUCAACCAAAAGCUGAAGCCAUCCGGAAAGCCUGCGAAGAUCUUCUGACCAGUCACCGUCUGCCUCUCUUUUGUAAACUGAUUCUCAAAGUUGGAAACUUUCUGAACUACGGAAGUCACACAGGCGAUGCUGAUGGGUUUAAAAUCAGCACUUUACUCAAACUAACAGAAACCAAAGCAAACCAAACCCGCAUUACGCUGCUCCACCAUAUCCUGGAGGAAGUAGAAAACAGCCACACAGACCUACUGGAACUGCCGGAGGACCUUGAAUACGUUUCAAAAGCAGCAGGAAUUAAUCUUGAUAUUAUACGCUCAGAAUCCAGUGCCAAUUUAAAAAAGCUGCUGGAGCUCCAGCAAAAGGUCUCAUCAGCAAAUGACGAUGUGAAACAGCAGUAUGAGAAACCUAUCCAGGAUAGCAUUGAUGCUUCCAGAAAACUGGAAGAAGAUUUUGAAACCAUUGACAGGAAGAGAGAAGAACUUGCAAACUAUCUCUGUGAGGACCCAAGCAAGUUGUCCUUAGAGGAUGUAUUUAGCACCAUGAAGACUUUCAGAGAUCUCUUCAUCCGAGCCCUAAAGGUUAUUAAGAAGGGGUUGGUGAAGCAGGAGGAUGUUUGCGUCAUUGAUGCACUGCUGGCUGACAUAAGGAAAGGGUUCACACUGAGAAAGACGAAGAACAGACAUGAGUCAGACGCACCUCCUAAAGCCUUGCCUGCGGAGAUCCCUGAGGAGAGCCGGUCUGGAAAGAGCAUUGAGGAUCCGCAAGCAGGAGGUCAGCAGAUGGAUGAUAAAGCCAAGCAAAACAACGGUCAUCCCUCAGAAAGCACUCUGUCCUUGGCCGCUGCCCUACCAGAGAUGGGUAGAGAUGUUGGAGAUGUCUCAGCUCCAAACCAGGCAUUACCUGAAAAUAAUGCUGAAGGAAAUUUGCCACCAGGGUCUAGGACAGAAGGCCCUUUGGUAAACUUAGUGGAAGCUGAUGGAGAUGGGCAGGGUGCAGGGAUGGCAAGCCUCCAGCCAGGCCUGAGUAGUGGUGCCAUUUCCUUCUCUGCUGAUAACAUAGGUGCCAAUAUAACAUUUGUCAGCAGCAGCUCUGGUGCUGCUCUAAGAGAACAGCUCAAUGGGUCCAUCUCUGAAGAGCAAGACAACAAAUGCAGUUUGGAGAGCUGCAGGCCAGCUCAGGACAUCCAGCUAAGCCAGAAUAGAGGCAAUCCCAGCACUCCAUCCACUCCCUGUGAUGGUGCACAUCAGGCAGAGUUGAAAGAGAUGGCAAAGGAAAAUGAAGACCCUGGUACAGACUCGCUGUUGGACACUUCCCAAGAGAAAUCCUUUUCGGAGGAGCCAGCCACCGACUCUUCUUGUUCAGCAACACUGCCUCCAGGGGAAACACACACUGACAGGGAAAAGCAGAGGACAUCUGGGAAACGGAGAAAGAAGAAGAGGCACAGCAAAAGCUACUCAGGUAGCCUAUAUAGCCCUCGGGCACUGAGUUAA